GAAAGCUAGACAAAAUAGGCCAGGGAGAUAAGGGGGCCUCGAUCGAUCGCCAUGUCUCAAGGGGUGCAAUUGUAUGUUGAGGACAGUCAUGUGAUAAUGGAUAAUGGCAUACUCCAAGUAACAUUAUCAAAUCCAGAUGGAAUUGUUACGGGAGUAAAAUAUAAUGGCAUCGACAAUUUGCUUGAAGUUCUUGAUGAGGAGGUUAACAGAGGGUUUUGGGACCUUGUGUGGAGUGAAGCUGGAAGUACAGGAACAACGGGUACAUUCGAUGUGAUUAAAGGGACAAGUUUUGAGGUUGUAGUGGAAAGUGAGGAACAGGUAGAGAUCUCAUUCACAAGGCUGUGGGAUCCCUCGCUUCAGGGGAAGCUCGCCUCCUUAAAUAUAGACAAAAGGUUUAUAAUGCUACGUAAUUCCCCAGGCUUCUAUUCCUACGCCAUUUACGACCACUUAAGGGAAUGGCCUCCUUUCAACCUUCCACAGACCAGGAUUGUUUUCAAACUCAGAAAAGACAUGUUUCACUACAUGGCAGUGGCGGACAACAGGCAGAGAUACAUGCCUCUUCCAGACGACCGGUUGCCGGAAAGAGGCGAAGCUCUGGCCACCCCAGAAGCAGUUUUACUUGUUAAUCCUGUAGAACCGGAGUUCAAGGGAGAGGUGGAUGACAAAUAUCAAUACUCAUGUGAGGACAAAGAUCUCCGGGUCCACGGAUGGAUCUCCACCGACCCACUUGUGGGGUUCUGGCAAAUCACACCCAGUGAUGAGUUUCGAUCGGGUGGACCCGUCAAACAGAACCUUACUUCCCAUGUGGGGCCUUACAACCUUGCAAUGUUUCUCAGUGCUCACUACGGAGGAGAAGAUUUUGUACUGAAACUGAAACCGGACGAGCCAUGGAAGAAAGUCUUUGGCCCAACCUUUAUCUACCUUAAUUCUGCGUCGGAUGGAAAGGACCGACUUUGGCUUUGGGAGGAUGCUAAAAAUCAAAUGAGGAUUGAAGUUGAAAAUUGGCCCUAUGAUUUUCCGGCUUCUGAGGAUUUUCAAUCGUCUGAUCAAAGGGGCACUGUUAGUGGUAGAUUACAAAUCCAAGACAGGUAUUUAAGUGAUGAGUGUAUUUCUGCAAACUGUGCUCAUGUGGGCUUGGCACCACCAGGAGACAUUGGAUCCUGGCAAACAGAAUGCAAGGGUUAUCAAUUUUGGACAAGAACAGACACAAACGGUUACUUCUGCAUCAACAAUAUACAAAGUGGUGAUUAUAAUCUUAAUGCAUGGGUUCCUGGUGUUGUGGGUGAUUAUCAGUACAAUGUUGUAAUUACCAUAACUGCAGGUUGUGAUAUUGAUGUGGGUGAUCUUGUAUUUGAGCCUCCAAGAGAUGGGCCGACUUUAUGGGAAAUAGGCAUCCCUGAUCGCUCUGCUGCUGAAUUUUACAUUCCCGAUCCUAAUCCGAAGUAUAUUAACAAACUUUUUGUGAAUCAUCCUGAUAGAUAUAGGCAAUAUGGAUUGUGGGAAAGAUAUGCAAAUUUAUAUCCUGAUGGAGAUUUGGUUUACACAGUCGAUGUUAGCGACUAUCGAAAAGAUUGGUUCUUUGCUCACGUUACUAGGAAAAUAAAUGAUGAUACAUAUCAAGCAACCACGUGGCAAAUCAAGUUCAAACUCCACCAAGUGGAUACAACCGGAGUCUAUAAAUUGCGAUUAGCACUUGCAACAGCUCACGUCUCUGAAUUACAGGUCCGGGUAAACAAUCCAGAAGCAGAUCCGCCGAUAUUUUCAACCGGAGUAAUUGGACACGACAACACAAUUGCUAGACACGGAAUCCAUGGACUCUACCGGCUGUACAACGUUGGAGUAGCCGGCAAUUUGCUUGUGGAUGAUGGGGAUAAUACCAUUUUCCUGACACAGACACAAAGCACCGGCCCUCUCCAGGGGAUCAUGUAUGACUACAUUCGCUUUGAAGGCCCACCGUCCUCAUCAAAUUCCAUUAAAGAAAUCCAUAUCUAAUUGGUGUCUUUUAAGGUACAUUUGAUGUAAAAUACAUGUAAUAAAAACAUUUGACAAAAUUAUUGUUCGACUUCUAAAUCGUAA